AUGAUACCAACUCCCAACGGCUGGAGCACCAUGACGUCGAUCGACAAGACGCUGCACCGCAAUCUACGCGCAGUAGUGAGGUCCGGCCUCGGCGCGGAUUUCUUGUCGCGCUUCGAGCCCGCUAUCCUCCGGCAUCUCAAGAUUUACUUUGGCGAGCUUCAGAAAAACCAGGACCCAGACGGCUGGACUGCUGCGGCCGACAUGCGAAAAUGGAAUCUCUACUUGGGCUUUGACACAAUGGCGGAUUUCGGGCUAGGUCUCAAGACGGACCUGCUGCGCAGCUCCGCCAGAGAGUACAUAUUCCCAGCCCUGCACAUGCACGAGAAGAAGAUGGGCCUCUGGGAGCAGCUGCCCAUGCUCAGCAACGCGGGCAUCGGGCGGCUCGUGGGCGCCGUGCUCCCCCACGUCUCGCCGCGGGCGGCCAAGUUUUCCCAAUGGUACCACGGCUUCAUGGACCUCGCCGUCCGCACCAACGCGGCCGAGAGCCGCGGGAUAUUCGGCCCCGUCAUCCAGAGCGGCCAGGGGACGCUCGGGAGCAAGAGCCCGGGCCGCGGCCACGACCGGGAGCAGAUGGUCGCCGAGGGCGCAUUCAGCACCUUCUCCGCCGCCGACGCAUACGGCAUCCUGCUCUCGGGCCUGUUCCACUACCUCUGCCACUACCCUCGCGUCUACGAGAAGCUCGCCGCGGACGUGAGAGGCAGGUACGUGCCCGGCGAGGACGUGGCCUGGGGCGCCGGCCUCGCGUCGAGCGCGUACCUCCGCGCCGUCGUCAACGAGGUGCUGCGGCUGGUGCCGCCGGCGUGCGGCGUGGGCGUGAGCCUCUUCUCCGUCUUCAGGGACGCCAGGAUAUACCGCGACCCCGUGAGGUUCUGGCCGGAGCGCUGGAUCCCGGGGACGCUGCCCGAGGACGAGUUUUGCCGGGCCAAGGGCAUGUUCACGCCGUUUUCCAUCGGCCCGAGGAACUGCGCCGGGAGCCACGUGGCCGUCAUGAUGGUCAGCGUUGCGUAUGCCUGGGUGCUGGUCAACUACGACUUUCGCUUCGGCCGCGAGCAGCGCACCCUCCGUCCUCAUCUCGUGUCCAACUCUGCGGCCGAGGAGGGUGCCGAGUCGGAGUUGACGUUUGAGAGCCACUAUUCCAUUGCUAGCUGGGAGAGCGGUCCUUUUGUCCAGUUUAGAGCCAGGCAGCUUGCGUGA